CCCAGCCUAGUCCGAAUCUCUAAUUCGGCUUUAAUAAUAAAAUUUCCCUCCCAUUCACUCCUGCUGAGGCCAUCCACGUCUGCUCGGUGCCCCGUUUUUCUCGUCUUGCGCAGCAGCCAAAUGUCGGCCCAGAAAAUAAUUGUUGUUCCCCCCAAAAACGUAGCCAUCCCCAUCUCCUCUUUCGACCUCCCAUUCCCCUCCUCCUUUUUCCUCUUUGCAACUACCACGACACUGCAAAUUCGACUGCAGAAUCGCCAAAUCCAUCAAUCUCGACAUUAAUCCCCAUCGUCGACAUCCUCAAAAUAACACCGUUUUGUUCGGCUCAUCAAGCUGCACUCUUUGACGGUCGCCAAACUCCUCUUUUCUCUACACAACACCUCUUUUUUGUCGAUCAAAGGUGCCAAUUGUCGUCAAAAAAACACGCCUACCGAUCAUUGAGGUUAUUCACGAGUUCCCACCUUUGCCAACUCCGCACGGCCACACCGCAGGUGACCACUGCUCAAUCGGUGCAGCAGUCUCCUGCCUUAGCCAACCUAGUCCGUCUACCUUACAUAAUUCCGCGUCUGGCCCCAACCUACUUUCAGCCAAUCCGGAGCUGUGCAACCUUAACGUACCAAAACGCGAACCCACCUCCCUGUCAGAAGGGAAAAAGUGAGGUCAUUCAGGACGAACCUCUCAAAGCAAUUCACCACGCGACUGCAAUCGAAGAAUAGUUCGAUGCACUAUACCUGCUGUUCUUCACAGUAGCUCCACGGUAUCAAACACUGCCUUGAACAUUUUUCAACCUCAGUACCUCUUUUCCCGGUGCAGGUAUCUGUCGAAUUAACCUUCGAAGACCUCUUUUCGGUGUGGUGUUACUUUGGUGGUGGAGGAGAGCCAGCUAUGCGCGACAGCUCCUCACCUGCACUUUCAUCACCACCUUCCGGCUCUAUUUCAGACCCAGGCUCACCGUUAAUCGGUCGGCCAAACAACAACGAUAUGGAUAUGGACGAGAUCAUAGUAGAUCCCUCCCAACCUCGCUUCGGUGUCGUUGCAGGAGACCAACCGCCUCAACCGGAAGUCCGCCUCACUGCUGCUGGCCUGCCACGAAAGAAACCCGGUCGCAAACCUGGUUCUACCGUCAAGCCUAAGAAUCCCGACGAGCCGCCCAAGGUGCGCCGACCUCGAAAGCCUCGCGAUCCCAAUGCGCCGCCCAUUCAAAGGAAGAGAAAGUCGGCACCAGCUGCGGAUGCCGACGCAGGCUCAGAUUCCAAGUCCCUUGCCGCUGCAGCCGCAUCUUCCUCCACACCUCCUCCCUCUCGACAGACCAAGAUAACAGACCUUGUCGGCAUGAGCUCGUCUUCCCGACCUGGUUCUGCUCAGCCCGAACACACAGCGCAAAAGGCACCCAAGCGAGAGGAGAUGCCGCGUUCAAUGCAAAGCAUUCUAAACGCAGACCCCGAGCCCGAGCCGAAACCACAAAAUACUGUUCUCCCUACGCGUACCAGCGGACAGGGUUACGAUCCUAUCCGUGGUAGCUACGAUCCAGUCAGAGGCAUCUUUGGUAGUGCCUCAUCUCCAAGACCUGCAUCACAAACUGUCAAUCGACCUAGCGCGUCUCCCUCUAUCGCAAGCUUGGUAGAUCCGCCCACGCAGAGUGUCACGUCGCCUUCUGCACAAAACUUCCGCAUUGCCUCUACUGCUCAGUCUCGAACCGAGAAUGCGUCUUUGCCAGCAUCCCCGUCAUACCCUGCCAGAUCAAUCCCUCAAACAAUCUCAAAGCCACCUGCACCCGAGCCGAAGAAGGCCCUCGCUCCCCCGCCAGUUCCAGCUAUCAAGGCAGAUGCGAAGCUGAAGGACGCUGCUUCGACUGCUGGUUCUGUCGCCAGCAAGAAACACUCGCCGAAGCAAAAGCCACAAAAGUCCGGCGUCUCUUCGCCGAAGCUGAAUGCUUUGGACGACUCUCGGGAUCUAGUCGGAGAUCGUUCAAUUCUGGACUUCGGCAGAGCCGAGACUGGCAAGGAGUACAAGGCCCCGGAUAUUGUCCUGGACAUUCCUAUCAAGCCCGGCGACACGAAUAUCUACAUCAACGUGAUGCGUAUGGCUGAGGAGAAGUAUGGCUGGGAUGCCCUGCAUCCUCGCCUGGCGGAAAAGCGAGAUCGCAAGGCCCGCAUUGCUGCUGCCUCGGCUGCCUUGGAGAAAACGGCGUCAGGCCAGGAAUCUGGCGACGAAAUGUCCGAGGAUUCAGACAAGGAAGCUAGUAACGUGGAGAUGGGCGGUAUGACGAGUGGUGCCGACCUUCCCGAGAAGCCGAAGAAGAAGAAGCGCAACUUCAAAGAAGAUGAGUACGACAAGGAUGACGACUUUGUCGACGAUUCCGAGCUUCUGUGGGAGCAGCAGGCGGCCGCUAGCCGGGAUGGCUUCUUCGUGUACUCUGGACCUUUGGUGCCAGAGGUUGAGAAGCCUGCGGAUACAAGACCCGAUGGACUGCCCAAGCGUGGCCGUGGAAGUCGAGGCGGUCGCAUUGGCGGUCGUGGCGGUACGACUCGAGGUGAGGGCGGCACUGGUCGUGGAGGCGGACCAGGCUCCCGAGGAGGUCGCGGAUCCCGAGGCGGCUCUCUUACUCGCAAACCUCGUAUCACCAAGUCUGAAAAGGAGCAGCUCGAGCGCGAAAAGGCGGAUCGCCAGCGACAGGCUGAGCUGAGCGCCAAGUCUACGAACGGCUACUCCCUUCAGCCGCAGACGCCCUCCUUUGCAGCUGGAAUGGCAGGCGCGUAAACCGCCUAGGAACCCUUCUACUACGACACAACGGAUGCUACACGACCACGGCAUAUAUCCCCGUCAAGAGGAAUGGUGUCUUCGAAGACACGGCUCGCAACAAACGAACAUACGAAAGUGGAUUGAUAUGGGACAGUCCUUAAGUAGGCUACUGUUGCGGCUACGACUUGAGAAAGACUAGCGAGAGGCGGUUGUCUUAUCCGAAAAAAGAAACAAUCGGAACAGGCGUUCUGAUGUCGAUGCCUUUUUCUUGGCCAUUGACUUUGCUGUGGGUGACAUGGUUAGGCUGGGCGGCACUGCUUCUCAGACGGCAUGGGACGGCAUUGGAAUCCCAGGAUUGCGGCGUUCGGGCUUGUAGGACUGAUUAUUGGACGGAAUGGGUCUACAGUUGGGCGGUUCCACUUAUCCACUCGUGGCGGUGGAGUUUCCAAGCCGUGUGAUAGAUUUGCGAAUUGUAUUAUGGUAUUCCGGAG